ACACGUCUCUUAGCAACAAGAUUAGUCGUUUUCUCUCCAUCAGGCCUGUAGAUGUUUUUGCAGUCAUUUUCCGAUUUGGCGAGCAAAUAUCCGACCGCAUCUUGAUGUAGCCAAGCAUAUUCUUAAAUAAGAAAGUUGGGUUUCAGGGAAGUUUAGUGGUGGGCGCUUCAGGGCAUAUGUCCCCGAGUAAACAUGUCAAGAUAGAAUGCGCACGAGUAAACAUGCCGCAAACCAGCACUAACUGACCUACAGACAUACAUUCCUCAUGAAUACUGGACACAACACUCACGUCAUACAAGCACUGGAGUUUGCAAGGGCGCACAAAACAAAAGCUUUUGUCAGUGUAUACUGCAAGAGAUCUACUGUUUUAAGUAGGUGAUUAAUCCCUGGAUCCUGCACCAGUUUUUACUUUAUCCCGGAUUAUAUAGGUGGAAACCUUCACAUACAUCAAAGAUGCCAACUUCUGUGGAUUGGGGGAAGCUCAUGAGAGUGGACCCAGAUGUUCUUCCCAGUCAAGAAAGGUUAGCUGAUAAAAUGCUGACAUCCAUCUCAGAGAUCAAUGGUUUGGGUUUAAAAGAUGAAGCUACUGAAAACCUUGUACAGUUGUUUCGUAUCACACAGUCUUUGAUGAAGAUGAAAGCUCAAGAAGUAGAACUUGCUUUAGAAGAAGCAGAGAAAGCUGGUGAAGACCAAGCAAAGAUUGAAAACCAAUUGAAAAAUAGAGUCAAGCAGCUGGAAAAUGAGCUAGAGAUGGUACAAUUAUCUACUGGAAGCAGAGAUUCACGAUUUUUGCGGGAAGAAAUUCGGCAACUAGAGGAGCAACUGGCACAUAGAGAGAGAGAAUUAAAAGAUCUGGGAAAGGAACUGGAGAAAGAGAAGCAAGUCAAUGAACAACUUGCUCUACGAAAUGAAGAAGCUGAUAAUGAAAACAGCAAGCUCAGAAGAGAGAAUGAACAACUACGACAAGAUGUUAUAGACUAUCAGAGACAGAUUGACUCUCAGAGGGAAACCUUGCUGUCACGGGGGGAAGGGCAAGAUUACAAAUCUCUGCUUUCUCAAAAGAAUAUGCAGCUUGUGCAAUAUAUAGACGAAAUGCAGAGCUUGAGUGAAGCGAAUGAGAAACUAGAAGCUCAGAACCAAGAAAUGACCAAGAAUCUUGAGGAAUCUGUGCAGGAAAUGGAGAAAAUGACUGAUGAAUACACAAAAAUGAAGCUUAUGGUGCAACACACAGACAGUAUUAUGGAUCAACUAAGAAAAGAAAAAGAGCAAUACAGAUUUCAGGUUCUGGAGCUGACGGAACAGCUGAAAGCAAAGAAUGAUGAAGAUGACCCAGUUAUGAUAGCUGUAAAUGCAAAAGUGGAAGAAUGGAAGGCAAUAUUGGCAUCCAAAGAUGAGGAAAUUGUGGAAUAUCAGCAAAUGGUCCAGAAUCUGAGAGAAAAGUUAAAAAUUGCUCAGUUGGAUGCAGACAAGGACAGCAUCAUAGCUCUACAGCAGGGCUUACAGGAAAGGGAUAAUCAUAUCAAAAUGCUGAGUGAGCAGUUGGAGCAGCACACCAAAGAGAUGGAAUUACAUUCAUUUCAUAUAGAGGAUUUAAAACAGCAGUUGCAUAAAGAUAAAGGGUUAUCUAGCCAGAUACAACAAAGCUGUACUGAUGAACUUCAGGCAACACUACAGCUUGUAGAACAGAGACUAAAAGAAGCAGAACGUGUUGCGGAGUUGGCAGAGAACGAUGCCCGAGAAAAAGACAAAGAUCUCAUUGAUGCUCUUAGAAGAAUGAAAGACUAUGAAAUGGGUGUGUAUGGCCUAGAAGAAGCAGUCAAUGAAAUCAAGGAGUUGAAAACCCAUAUAAAAAUAAGAGAUAGAGAAAUUGAAUCAUUAACUAUGGAUAUCAACAAACUUGGAAUUAAAGUUAAUGAUAUUCUUGAUGAAAAUGAAGAUCUCAGGGAACGUUUAGGUCUUGAUUCCAAAACUAUAAUUGAUUUAACUCAGUUUAAAAAUAUCAAAGCUCUAAAGCAGCAACAGUACAGAGCAGAAAAUCAGAUUCUUUUGAAGGAGAUUGAAAGACUAGAAGAAGAGCGUGUUGAACUCAAACAGCAUAUUCGUAAACUGGCUCACGAAAAAGGAAAAAGAGCUGCAUCUUUGGCUGACUUGUACUUGAAUAAUCAGUCUCCUGCAGAACCAUCUUCCAAAAGGUCAACUAUCUUAAUGCAACUAGAAAACUCAGAUGAAGUUAGAGGAAAGAAUGAAUAUCUUUCAACACAGCUAGGUGAAAAAGAACGGGAGCUUGAGAGAACGAAAACUGUUGUGGCCGACUUCAAAUCUAAAUUAAAAGAGCUUACGGAAGAAAAUAAACAAAUGCAGCAGGGCAUGGGAGAAAUAUUACAAGCCAUCAAAGACACACAGCAAGAUCCUAUGCUUAAAGGAGGAGACGCAACAAUUGUAAUACCUAGCCUGGAAAGAUUAGUUCAUGCAAUAGAAACAAAGAAUACUGGAGGCAUAUUUGACAUUAGUGUUCAUCUGAAAGCUCAAGUUGAUCAGCUUACAGGACGAAAUGAAGAAAUAAGGCAAGAGCUUAAAGAAUCAAGGAAAGAAGCUGCAAAUAUUUCAAACCAGUUGAUUAAAGCCAAUGAAAAGAUUUCACAUCUUGAAAAUCAGCUUGCUCUUCAACAUAAUUCGGAAGGAGCUAAUAUUGUAUUCAGGGCAAUAAACCUACCAGAAGGAAUGUCUGUUUCCAGCACUAAUCUCAUCAAUACACUUAACGAGUACGUUUUGCAUCUUUUGAAGGAAACUGAAACUAAAGAACAGUCUAUUAACAGAUUAGAAGAAACGUUAGAAGAGUAUAAAAGAAAGUUUGCUGUGAUUCGCCAUCAGCAAGGCAUACUAUAUAAAGAGUAUCAGAGUGGAAGAGAAUCAUUUCAACAUGAACUGGAAAGACUUAAAGAAGAUAAAGAAAAAUUAGAAGGUCAGAAAGAACAGGAUGUUGUACAAAUCAAAGAAUAUAUGAAUUUGCUAGAAACUCUUAAGAUGGACCCUGAUGAAAUGAAAAAAUUAAUUGCAGAGAACUCCCGAAAAAUGACUGUCCUCAGAGUGAAUGAAAAAUCUCUAACCAGGAGAUACACAAACUUUAUUGAAAUGGAACAGCAUUUAAGGAAAGAAAACAUUAAAUUGAAGAAUGAAAUCUCUGAGAUGGAGUCUGCAGUAGCAGAAAGAAUAGGGUACCUUCAGCGAUAUAAGGAAAUUGCUUCCUAUAAAAUAGCGGCAUUGCAAAAAGCUUUGGAUGACAGUGUACCCAGCUCAGAGCUGGAAACAGCCAAUAAACAUUUUAAUGAACUGACUGCCAAAUAUAGGGAUAUGUUGCAGAAGGAUAAUUUGCUUGUUCAGAGGACUUCUGAUUUGGAGCACAUUGAGCAAGAAAAUACAUCUCUGAAGGAGCAGAUUGCUUCCUAUAAUAAAGAACUUGAAAUAACAAAAGAAAAGCUUAACACCUUGGAACAAGCAUGGGAACAUCUCAAUGCAAUUGGGGGGAAUCCAGCAGUGGAUAAAGCCACUAAAGCAAUUACAAACAAUGAAAUAGUCUCUAUCUCUAAGAAAAUUACCAUGUUGGAAAUGAAAGAGUUAAAUGAAAGACAGAGGGCUGAGCAUUCCCAGAAAAUGUACGAUCACUUAAGAAAUACUGUAAAGCAGAUGGAAGAACGAAACUUUGAACUUGAGGCUAAGUUUGCUGAGCUUACUCGAAUCAAUUUUGAGGCACAGAAAGUGGAACAGACAUUAAGGGAUGAUCUUGCGAACAGUGUAAGUAAAGCAGUGUCUGAUGCAGAUAGAAGAAGAAUCAUGGAGUUGGAAAAGAGUGAAGCAGAACUUAAAAUUGAGGUCUCAAAGCUUCGUAAUCUUUCUGAUAUUGCUAAAAUGCAAGUCUCAACAUUAGUUGCCCGUCAGCAGUCAAGAGAAAAAGAAGUGGAAUCUCUCCGAAAGCAAGUUUUAGAUUACCAGGAUCAAACCGACGAAAAAGCACUAAUUGCCACAUUGCAUCAGCAAAUCGUAGCACUUCAAAUCAGUGAAUCUACAGCUGUUGGCAAGUUGGAAGGCACAACAGCAAAACUCCUUAAAAUGGAGGCUUACAAUUUAAGAUUGGAACAGAAGUUAGAUGAUAAAGAGCAGACAUUGUACUAUGCCCGUCUGGAAGGAAGAAACCGAGCCAAACAUCUCCGUCAAACUAUUCAGUCCUUGCGGCGACAGUUUAGUGGUGCUCUGCCAUUGGCACAGCAGGAGAAAUUCUCCAAAACAAUGAUGCAGCUGCAGAAUGGCAAGAUGAAAACUAUUCAUGAAAUGGAACUUGUUCAACAGCAGCGUAGAGAUGCAGAGACGCGUGCUCUGGAGAUGGAAUUGAAGCUCAAAGGCUUAGAGGAGUUAAUUGGCACGCUAAAGGAUGCCAGGGGAGCUCAAAAGGUAACAGAAUGGCACAAGAGAAUGGAAGAAUUGCGUCUUCAGGACUUGAAACUGACUCGUGAAUUAAGCCAAAGGAAGGAGGAGAUUAAAUAUUUAAAUAACAUUAUAUCUGAACAAGAACGCACAAUAAGCACAUUGGAGGAAGAAAUUGUUCAACAAGGAAAAUUUCAUGAAGAACGUCAAAUGGCAUGGGAUCAAAGAGAAGUUGAAUUGGAACGUCAGCUAGAUAUGUAUGAACAUCAACAGAAUGAAGUACUCAGUACUGCUCGGAAGUUUGAAGAGGCUACAGGAGCAGUGCCAGACUCUAGUCUUCCACUUCCUCAACAACUUGAGAUAGCAUUGAGAAAAAUAAAGGAGCAUGUGCGAACCAUUUUGGAAACUAAAGCUGCUUGUAAAACCUUAGAAGAGAAACUUAAAGAAAAGGGAGCUCUUUUGUGGACAUCAGAACAAAAUGUUUUAAGCCGAGACAAGGUGAUCAAUGAAUUAAGACUUAUGCUGCCUGCAACAACUGAAAGAGAGAAGCUUCUGUCUGACCUUCAAGAAAAAGAUGAUAAUUCCGAACAACGCAAAGCUUUGAAAGUUGCUCAUCAAACUAUUGCAAACAUGCAAGCUAGACUGAAUCAAAAGGAUGAAGUACUGAAAAAGUACCAACACCUACUGGCAAAAGCAAGAGAGGAACAAGAAGAUAUUGCAAAAAAGCAUGCAGAAGACCUCAAAGUUUUGUAUAAAAAGUUGGAUCUUUAUUCUGACACAUCUCUCAAUAAAUUUAAAGAAACUGCCCUGGAGCUGAUGAAGAAACCCUCUUUACAAGUCCCAACGGGUGCUCAUUUGAUGCGGCUGGCUGAAAUGGAACAGACAGUGGCAGAACAAGACAACUCACUGGCUGCACUUUCUAGUAAAUUAAAGAAAACAGCAGCAGAAUUGGACAAGCAAAAACAAAUCACCAUGGCAAAAGUGAAUGAGUUUGAAAACAUUAAAGCUAGACUUGAAGAAAAUUAUACUCUAGAAAUAAAAAGGUGGAAAAAUGAAGCAGAAGAAAUUAAAAAUCGACUGUCAGAGAUGGAGAAAGAAGUACAGUAUCUGAACAAUGAACUUGAUACCCAGAAGGAAGCAAAUACCAGAGCCCCUACAGCAACAUUAAAGAAUCUAGUGGAACGUUUAAAAAACCAAUUGGCCUUGAAAGAGAAGCAGCAAAAGGCAUUAAGUAAAGCUCUUCUGGCUCUCCGAGCAGAGAUGACAUCGCAUGCUGAAGAGCAAAUUCUAGCUUCUGCAGCACAAAAGGAAGAAAAUGUAAAUGUUCAGCAAAUUGUUGACAAACAUACCAAAGCUUUGAAGGCUCAAAUUGAAGAUUUAAAUGAACAGCCAACUAAAUUAAAGGAAACCCUUAAAAGUAGCAAAACAAGAGAGCACUCCCUCACAGAAGACCGAAACUUAAACCAAGAGCUGAAAGGAAAAACGAAAGCUAUUAACAAACUGCAGAAAGACAAAGAUGAAGUGGAUAUAGAAAAUGAAGAAUUGAAAAAAAAGAUAAAGCGUCUAACUAACAGCAUUCAGAAUAAACCGGAUUUAGACAAUAAAUCAAGUUUAACUGAAGAACUUCAGAAAAAGAUUAAAAAGCUAGAACAAGAGCUAGAGAAAAAACCUGAAAAAACAGAACGAAAGUCUGUUCGAGAUGAUAAAAACUGUAAGGAAGAGCUUAUUAGAUGGGAAGAAGGUAAAAAAUGGCAAAACAAAUUGGAAGGAUUAAAAAGCAAGCUGAGAGAAAAGGACAAAGAAAUUGAUUCUUUAACAAAACAGUUAACAACACUAAAGGAGCUGUAUUCCAAAUCUGAUCAAGAAAAACUGCUAUUACAAAAGAAACUGAAAUCUCGUGGUGUUACUGCUGAUCAAGUGAUAGGAGUAAGAACUGUGGAAUCUGAAAGAGAAAUAGAGCACUUUAAAAAAAAGAAUCAAGAAUUAGAAAGUCAGAUUUCUCAUAUGAGGUCUAAACAAGCUUUACCUCGAGAUUCUUUAGUAGAUGACUUGCAUUUAAAAAAUCAAUAUUUGCAAGAGAAGCUUCAUGCACUGGAGAAGCAACUUUCAAAAGAACCUCUUUCUAGACCCUCAACUUCUGGAGUAGAAUCAGAUGAUCAAUACACAAAAGACAUGGAUCUCCAAAAAGAAAAUUUGAGACUAGCAUCUGAAAAUGUUGAAUUGCAUUUUCAAUUGGAGCAAGCAAAUAGAGAUUUACCCCGAUUAAAGGAUCAAAUAACUGACUUAAAAGAAAUGUGUGACCUUCUCAAAAAAGAUAAGGCAGAGAUUGAACGCAGACUUCGUGGGUCUGGACGAAGUGGAAAGACUAUUCCAGAACUGGAGAAAACAAUUGCUUUGAUGAAGAAGGUGGUUGAGCGGGUGCAGAAAGAGAAUGAUGAACUUAAAAAAGCACCAGGAGUUAUGUCUAACGAAAAAUUAUCAAACCUUGAAACUGAAAAUGAAAGGCUAAAGGCUGAAAUAGAAAAGCUACAGCUGCAUGUGGGUGGACAGCUAAGUAUGAGAUAUGAAGCUAAGACAAAAGGCAUGGAAAAAGUAAUUGCAGAAAAUGAAAGACUUAGGAAUGAACUGAAGAUGGAAAUGGAGAAAUCAGAAAAACUUAGGAUAGCCAAAAGAAAUUUGGAAGUUCUUAAUGAAAAGCUUACAACAGAUCUAAAAGAAACUAGAUGCAGUUUGAACCUUGCGGAAAGCAGAGGCCCCCAUUUGGCAGGCUUAGACACAAAAGCAUGGAAAUCAGUUGUUGUAAGCAAGAAAUAUGAAACAAAAGUCAAGGAAUUGGAAGUGGAGCUUAAAAAGAAAAAUGAUACUAUUGCUGACCAGAAAAAACUACUGAAGGAAGCAGCUGUGCAAGAGCAGAAAGCUGAAAAAACUAUAAGAAGGCUAAAUGAGGAAGUAGAGCUACUGAAACACUUCCCUGAUGAUGCCAAGAACGAAGGAGGACUCACUAGAGAAUUUCAAAUACUCAGAUUAGCCUGUAAGCGGCUAGAAAAUGAAAAAGAGGAGUUAAUUCACCAGAUGGAAACCUACAGAAAGCGAAUGGGUGCGUCUACACAUGAAUUAAGUGCAUCAGGAUAUGAUGAAUUACUUGAAAAGGGAAGGAAUCAUGACAAGUUGGAAAUGGAAGUUGUUGAACUAAAAACACAUUUGAAAACUUCAGAUUUGGAGAAGGAACAUUUGAAGGAUGAAAUCAGAAGGAUGAAAAGGGAGCUUGAAAACUUUGACCCUGCAUUUUUUGAGGAAAUUGAAGAUCUCAAAUAUAACUAUAAUGAAGAAGUGAAAAAGAAUAUAAUUCUAGAAGAAAAGCUGAAGGCACUUUCAGAACAGUUUGGAGUUCACAUGGAUAUUCCACCAAAUAUUGAUUGAAGCAAAUUUCUUCAGAAAUAGCAAUUGAAAUUCAUUUCUCCAACAUAGGUGU